CCGUUCCUAAGCAACGUCCGUGUGUACGUACGUACGCGCCCUUACGUCCUCCUUCCCUCUCUCCUCCACAGUGCUCCGUCCGGACUCCGGCGCCGACGAUGAUCUGCCUGUUUCUGUCUAUAUUCGCGUACAUCUUCCAGUCAGGCUGGACUGGCGUGAAUGAGCGCACAUUCAUCGCUGUGAAACCAGAUGGCGUUCAGCGGAAACUGGUGGGAGAAAUUCUGCAUCGGUUUGAGAGGAAAGGGUUCAAACUGGUGGGCCUCAAACUUGUGCAGGCAUCCGAGGAGCUUCUUCGGGAGCACUACUGGGACCUGAGGAGUAAGCCUUUCUUCACGGGACUGCUCAGCUACAUGAGCUCUGGACCAAUCGUAGCGAUGGUGUGGGAGGGUUUGGACGUGGUCAAGACAGCACGUAAGAUGAUGGGAGAGACCAACCCUGCAGACUCGCUGCCUGGAACCAUCCGAGGAGAUUACUGCGUGGAAGUGGGCAGGAACGUGAUCCACGGCAGCGACUCGGUGGAGAGCGCCCAGAAGGAAAUCUCUCUGUGGUUUCAUCAGAACGAGCUCCAGUGCUGGGAGAACAGCGCCAAUCACUGGAUCUACAACUGACGGUCUACAUGUGCUGUGUGUACGCCGUCCUGUAGGUGAACCAGUGUUUCUCCUAUUAGUCAUUACAAGUCGGGUCACAUCACACUUCAGAUUAGUUUUUUUUGGGCUUUAGUAGUUUGUAGCCAUGCAGGAGACGAAGGUCAUCGCUUUCUUGCUGCUUCUUUUUUUUGUGUUUUUCAUGAAAUGAAUUUUUUUUUAUCUGAGGUGAAAUGACUUUAUAAAGCAAACGUGCACUAAGUGAGCAAUAACUUGAUCAGCAACUCCACAGUGUCUGCUUCUGUUACAGACUUCAUUGUAGUUUCUUGAAUGUAAAGAGUAGAAGUUUUAAAACAUGACGUGUGACUAAAGCUUUCAGGGAGCGUUUAGUUUUGCAGUGUCAUCAAGUCAUGUCUCAGUUUACAAACGAAAGAGGAGCUACAUUUGCGCCAUCUUCUUUUGUUCUAUCAAAGUGGAAUUUGUAUGAAGUCGUAUUGGAAAUGUCAAAAACAAUAAAUCUGGUCAUGAAAUCCUUUUUAAAA